AAGAAAUAAUUACAGAGGUUCUUGGCGCAUUUUAUGACGUCAUCACGCAUCUCCAUGGGCUCCUGGAUUUAAAAUUGAAACGCGACGCUUUUUAUCAACUGUAGCAUGAACUGGGAUCGACAGCUGAGCUCCAUCCUGUCAGCAGCAGAUGACAGUGUGGCCAAAACGAGGGAGAGACUGACCUUACUGGGGAACUCCUCCAAAAGAGAAGAAGAUUUUGGCACCCACGCCAUUCCGUCUUUGAGUCCACAACAAGGUCUUCCAUCCGUCAGUCCCAGUGUGCAGUGGUCAGACAUAGCCUCUAUACUUUCUCAGCUCCAGACACAAAGUCAGGCCAUUGAGUCCCUCACCAAGAAACUAAUUGAUGUGGAAAGGGACAAACAAUCUCAACAACGUCACAUCCAGACGUUACAAGUGGAGCUGUGUACUUUGCGUGAAGACCUGAGUGAAAGGAGAAGAGAGACUGAUGGUUGUCCAGGAGCGGAGCGGAGCAACCGGUACGGAGCGACAAUGCUCGACAUCCCGAAGGAGAGUUUGAGUUCCACGGUGUGCCGAGAGGAUGUGGAACACCUGCACAAUGAGGUGGACCAACUGAAAAUGCGCCUAAGGAGACAAGAAGAGGCCAUGAUGCUCCAGGAGAAAGAGGCCAGAGAGACACGGAGAAAGUACCAACAUACCUGCCAGAUGGUCCAGGAGCUAACAGACCGCUACAGAACUCACAACAAAGACCUGGCAAACAUUACCUCUGAGUGUUCUCACACACAACAGGAGGUCCGCCAUAUCAGCACCACUGUGUCGGAACUGGAAGGCGAGGUCAGGCGUCUCCGAGAGCGUGACUCUGUGCUGCCAGCGUGCACCUCACCCCUACACAGGAGUAGAGUCAAAGUUGAAGAGGAGCAUAGGGACUCCGACUCUGAAGACUUCAGCCUGACCCCAAGCUUGGCUGACAUCAGCUCAGAAGAUCUGUCACUACUGGAUGACUCACCUCCUCAUUACAAACCAGCAGAGCGUCAAUCCAGAGCAAGGACUGACUUUGAGGAUGAUGUUGAUGACGACGUGAACCCUGAUUUAGGAUCUGACCUGAGUCUGACUGACCUCUGACCUCUUUGUGUGAGGUCAGUGAUUUUCAGAAUGGGAAACAUAACAUCUUAGUGAUCCCACAAGGAAAUCUAGUAUGUUCCCAUGGUGUUUUAAUUGCAAAUACAUUUUGAAGUGUGAGAAAAGUGUUGUUUGGUCCCGUGUGACACGCCCACGCCGCCCGCUGUACUUACACCAAAACAAAACACAAGAAAUUUUGAAUACAAAGCAUAUGGCUGCUCUAAUGAGAAAACUUGAUCUACUUUUGUCAUAUAGACAGGAAAACUGCACUUGUCCAAUGUAACGAAUGCCAUAUAUCAAAUAAGGAGUGGGAUAGGAGGAUACAAAUGCAGCUACAGUGCUAACAUUAGACUCCUAUUUUAACAGCAUCAUGCUAAGGUAGCCUAGGGCUUCAGGCUUUCGUUUAAGAUGUGAAGUGAAGCAAAGAAGGACAGGAGAUACAUUUCAAAUAACCUUUAAUAAGAAGUUCAUAGUCCACAUUGAGCAGCAAAGCCUCAAAAUGCAGUGAUGACACUUGUAUAAACACAAAAAAUGCAGAAUUUCGAGAUGGAGUGUGUUCAUUUUAAUCAGGAUUUGCUGCACCCAACAGUAUAGUAUUUACAAUAUGAACAUUUUCUGAAAGGCCACAGUUCACUUUAUGAAAGAUGAACAACAUGCUCCAGGCUCGUCAGAUUUGCAUGUACAGUAUGGAUGAAUACAAAUGUUUAUUAAAAGGCACUGCAACCUGGAUGGACAUACUGUAUGCUACCCUCAUUGGACACUUCAUUGGGUACACCUGAACGUGUUGUAACCCAGCGGUGUUGAAAUUGAAACUGUUGGGGAGGGGAGGUUUCCACAUUGGCCUGCGACACAUUCUAAAAAUAUAUAAUUUAGCAAGCAAAAAUACAACAGCAAACAUUGAAAACUCAUUUUACAAGAAUAACGUUAAAAAAAAUCAUCUACGGGAAUAAUGUUGUAAUAUUAGAAGUGGAACUAACGUAAUUUUAGUAGCAUAAAGUUGAAAUAUUCAUGAAACAAAAUUCACGUUCUAAUAUUAUGAGAAACACAACUAUUUGUAUUUUUUGAAAAAUUAGCUUGGGGAAAAACUUACAAUGUUAGGGGAAUAAAGUCACAGUUAUAAGAAGAAAAUGUACAAGAAGAAAGUUGAAAUGGCAGAAAAAAACAAAUCGCAGAACUGGACAAAACAGCUGUAAUUUUAUGAGAAUAAAGUCAAAAUAUUAUGGAAAAACAUCAUACUGCAACGAGAAAGUACCAAUUUUGUAAUAUUAUCAGGAAAAAUGUCAUUUUAGGAGCAUGGAGUUUAAGUAUUUAAAAAGAAAAACAAUGUUUUUAAAGAAAAACAAUGAAACUAAAUAAAAAAUUAAUUUUUUGUUAAGUUAGGUUGGGGAGUAAGUUAUAAUAUUUUGAAAAUAAAGUUAAAAUAUUGUUUGAAUAAAGUCAUAAUACUAUGAGAAGAAUAUUUAAGAAAGAAAUGGAGAUAUUUGGAAAAAUAAACGACAACAAUGGUGGGAAUAAUACUAAUAGGCUUUUUCACUUAUGUCACAAACCUGAGAUAAAUGGCUCUUGGAUCCUUUCAUAUUUCAGGAUGUGGACAGCCCUGCUCCACAAGAUCUAACACUAGAGAGGUAUGUCAUGAACUUUUGGGCCUGUACCACUGAAAAUGACUCAUAAAUAAUUAUAUAUUAGACAAAUGACUAAUUAUUUCUAAUUUGUUUAAUUGAUUAAGUUUAAACCUGACAAUAAAAUUAAAUAACAUUAAUUAUGUCCACUAAAUUAUAUGCAAACACAUUAAAAUAUUGUAUCAAGCAUUAUUUUUGUAAUACAGCUCUUUUUUAUUGAUUGUGCAAAUGUACCUAAAUAGUAUACAAACAGAGUAACAUACAAAUUAAAGAUAGAAUUAAAUAACUCCAGUCUCCCACACACUUAAAACACAGCUAAAAAUGCACACACACAGCUUUGUCUGCACGCCUGCACAAACACACAUUUCUCAUAUACACAAGCACACUGAAAAAAAAUAAAGUGCAACCUCAUUAAAAAAAAAAAAAAAAUCGACAGUCAAGCUGUUUUGUUAUUUUCUCCUCUUGGGCCUGCACGUCACCCUAAAAGACUUCAGUUCUCCCAGCCUUAAUUAGAUUAUAUUUGAGAAAGAGAGCAGAGCGUCUGGCAGGACUUCUGAGUGAUGGACAGAAUCAUGUCUUCUCUUCUGUCCACUCGGGAGAAAUAAAAUCACCCCCCACAAAUGGCUGAAAAUAUUCAGUAAUGAGCAGAGGCACAGGUCCAAAUUGUACUUAAAAAGACCAAAAAUAGACUUUUGCUACAGAACCUGAUGUCCUCGUUGUCCACUGUAUCCUCCAUCAGCGCUUAUCUUAAAGAUCUGCAUAAAUAGGAGCUACCCUCGUACUGUUUCAAACCUGGAUUCUUCCGGGACAGCAUUCACAAGAAGACAGACCAAAACUAAAACAAAAAAAUACCCUGGAAGAAAGGAGCUUUUUGGGGAGUUUUGCCGCACGUCCGUAUAUCAGUAGCUGUACAUGGACAAAGGUGUUUCCUCCAUCAUGUCGUCCUAAACGGGAAACACAUGCAAGACAAGACAUGCGAGAAUAACUAAAACAGGUAGCCAUUUCUGGUUGUUUGGUUGCGAUCACACCAGUCCUCUCUCACGCACCAUGGGUAAGUCCUGUAGCCUGCGGAACUCUGGUCUGUUGUCUCUUCGCCGCAGCUUGAGGAACAGGAGCAGGGUGAUGAUGGCAGCAGUGAUGAUGAAGGCUGACACCAGGCCGGCCAAGAGGGGAUCCAGUGUAGGGGCGUCAGGGACCAUGACGGCUGGGAUAGAAAAUACAUAGGGUGACAUUUCUCUUCUUGACCUUGACUUGACAAGGUCCACAUGGUCCAACCGCAGGGGAAAAAGUGCCUUUUUUUGUUCAUGUAGGUGUGGUUAGGUUUCUCCCUUAAUAAUACAAAGUUGAAUUUAAAAACUGCAUUUUGUGUUCAGUUGUGUUGCCGUUGAGUAAUAUUUAAAUUUGUUGGAUGAUCUGAAACAUGCAUUAUAUGCUGCCCAUACCGAUCCUGAUAAUCCAUGAGUGAACACAUCGAUACCAGAACGUGAACAAAAUGCUGGUAUCCACAACUCACGUUUUGCUUCACUCACCAUGGAGUCAGAAGUGGUAGUAGAGGGUACGUGCAUCACACGUUGUCCAUAUCCCGAUGGAGCCCCGCACACAACAAAAGUUCUUCUUGUACUAAAAGUGCUACAUAGUGUCUGCAUGCUCCCAAAUUCGGACUGAGGCGGUACUCAGGCAGGGGCUUUAUGACCGCUGCCUGAUGGAUGAUCACAUCAUGAGCCUCAAACUCACCACACCCUGCCAAGUGCUAGGACCAAUCUAAAGCUUUUCAAAUCGCCACCCGGGUGAGACAUUUUUUGCCGCACGUUUUGCAGGGGGCAAAACUUGCAUCACUGUCACAAAGACAGGAAGUCCCACACACAGCAGACCUACUUUUUGUGGGGCUGAUAUGCGUUUUAAAGCAAGUAUCGGCCGAUAUAUGUAGAUACCGUGCUUUUUCACUGAUAUCGGCAGAUACCGAUCGGUGGCCGAUCAGUCGCAGCACGAAUGCAUAAAUGUAAUUGACAACCUACUUGACCCUUGAGGACACUUUACAAGAUACAGAGAAAAACAAAAAUGGAUUCUUUCAUUAUUAGACAGUGUACGUAUAUCGUGGAUGCAUAACAUCUUUUUUAAAAUCUAGAUUUCAUUCAUUCAUUUUCUACCACUUUUUCCUCACGAGGGUCGCGGGGGGUGCUGGAGCCUAUCCCAGCUGUCUUCGGGCGAGAGGCGGGGUACACCCUGGACUGGUCGCCAGCCAAUCACAGGGCACAUAUAGACAAACAACCAUUCAC